AUGAUGAGACUUAUACCAAAAGGAGCGCUUUUGCACACUCAUGACAUGGGAGUAGCAAGGCCAGAUUUCUUGCUCCAAGUGACCUACGAACCACUUUUGUACGUAUGCUCUGACCACCCACCGAAGUUUCUUUUCUCAUCAAUAUUGCCAAAGCAUGCGUGUGACAGCGAUUGGCAAUUGAUGACAGAAGCUAGAACUAAAUUUGGGGAUGUCAAUAAAUUUGAUGCAGAGUUGAAGAAAUAUUUCUCGUUGGUAACCAGCGAUCUUCGAGAUGUGUAUCCUGAUGUGAACGCAGUUUGGCGUAGAAAAUAUGACUAUAGAGAAACUGUCAAGGUGUAUAAAACAGUACUGGAUAAAUUCAGUCAUAGAUAUAAAGAUUUCUACGGAGGAAGACUGAUAUACUCGCCAAGUAAGUUGAGCUGGAGGACAAUGAACAUAACGAACGAGUUACAGAAAGCUGAAGAGUUGAAGAGAGAAUUUCCUGAUCUUAUAGCAGGUACUAUCUCCACGCUGGUUCAACGGUUUGGUACUUGGUCUGACGAGAAUUUGGUCGAUGCCGUUCUUUUGAAGCCUAAGAGAAUUGGUAACCCGCACGCUUUAGUGAAGCAUCCUUUGCUCAUGAAUUUGGUGAAGCAGAACGAUAUUGCUUUGGAAGUCAAUGUGAUUUCAGACCAAGUAUUGAAUUUGGUGGACGACUUCAGGAAUCACCCGUUGUCGGUUUUGUUAGCUUAUGAUAUGCCAGUGGUGAUAGCAAGUGAUUAUAAUUUUCUUUGGGAGGCGAAUUCUUUGACUCAUGAUUUUUACGUGAUUUUUACUGGAGUGUCAAGCGAAAGGUCAGAUCUGAGGCUCCUCAAGCAGUUAGCAUUAAACUCAAUGAAGUAUAACACUGUAAAGGAUAAAAGACCAAUGGAGAAAAUGUUUCAAGAUAAUUGGAACCAGUUUCUUGACCGAGUGUUAGAAAAUUUUUCAUAA